AUGGGCUACGAUAAGUGCUGUAAUAAAAGUGGAAGCAACGAGAUGAAUUCUGAUUACUGGGGCUUGGGAAAGUUUUGCAGAAGAGAGCUCCUCACAGCUGCCAAGCUCUCUUGCUUUCAAGGCUUUGCACAUUGUUCCCUCUUAUUGCUAAAGGAGAACAUUGAGCAAUUCUUCACCAAAUUUGUGGAUGAGGGGAAAGCCACUGUUCGGUUAAAGGAACCUGCUGUGGAUAUCUGCCUAAGUAAGGCAAAUUCCAGCAAUUUAAAGAGUUUCCUUUCAGCUGUGAGACUGGCUCAUAGAGGCUGUGAUGUUGAGACACCAUUUUCACCCCUCACACCGGUGAAGACUUCAGAAUUUGAAAAAUUUAAAACUAAAAUGGUCAUCACAUCCAAAAAGGACUAUCCUCUAAGCAAGAACUUUCCAUAUUAUCUGGAACAUCUUCAGACUUCUUAUUGUGGGCUUGUCCGAGUUGAUAUGCGUAUGCUUUGCUUAAAAAACCUUAAGAAAUUAGACUUGAGUCACAAUCAUAUAAAAAAGCUACCAGCUACGGUUGGAGACCUCAUCCACCUUCAAGAACUCAACCUGAGUAACAAUCACUUGGAGUCAUUUAGUGUGGCAUUGUGUCAAUCUACACUCCAGAAAUCACUUCGGAGUUUGGAUCUGAGCAAGAACAAAAUUAAGGCACUCCCUGUGCAGUUUUGCCAGCUCCGAGAACUUACAGUUUUAAAACUUGAUGAUAAUGAAUUGAUUCGAUUUCCUAUGAAGAUAGGACAAUUGACAAACCUGCAAUUUUUGUCAGCAGCUCGAAAUAAGCUCCCAUUUUUGCCUAGUGAAUUUAAAAAUUUGUCCCUUGGGUACUUGGAUCUUUUUGGAAAUACUUUUGAACAGCCAAAAGUUCUUCCAGUUAUAAUGCUGCAAACACCAUUAACAUUAUUGGAAUCUUCUGCACGAACCAUAUUACAUAAUAGGAUUCCAUAUGGCUCUCAUAUUAUUCCUUUUCAUCUUUGCCAAGAUUUGGAUACUGCAAAAACCUGUGUUUGUGGAAGAUUCUGUCUAAACAGUUUUAUUGAGGGAAUGACUACCAUGAAUCUACACUCUGUUGCUCACACUGUGGUCUUAGUAGAUAAUAUGGGUGGCACUGAAGCACCCAUUAUUUCUUAUUUCUGUUCUCUGUCAUGUUACGCAAAUUCCUGUGAAAUGCUAAAGUAAUAGAUGAUACCACGAAAAGAAAUUACAGAUCAGUUUGGGAUUCAUUUAUGGUUUAACAAUGUCACAUUGGAGAAAGGGAAGCUUUUUUUGCAUACAUACAUGUUUGAGGGGAAGAAUGUGGGUUAGCUAACAUUUUCAAUAAUUUGACUGGAAAACCUUGAUUUCAUUAAAAUCUGAUUUUAUUGUGGGGUUAA